AUGCCAAGAUGUAUAUGGUACGUCAAGUUAACAAAUAUAUUGGAAUUAACAUCUUCUGGAAAAUCCACUGAAAUCACACAGACAUACUUCUGCCAAGGGCAGUCCCUGAAAAUUUACCAAGUCAAGUCAUUAUAUCGCGAUGGCAGUCCCACUAUCAUCGAGAACCCUACGUGUCAAGUAUCGACAGUAAGCUCAGAAGCCGCUGGAGGUACCCCCCUGGCAACCGUCGUUCACUACGACGGACCCGGCGUCCCAACGGUGCAUUUAUUCUAUCUAGACAAAUCUUAUAAUAUCAGAGAGGUCAUCUGGGUCAACGGCGAGCAGACCGCUCAUAACAAUCUAAGCCUCAAAGCGGCUCGCAACAGCGAUCUCAGUGUGAUUUAUUGGAGACAAGACAAAACAACCACAUGUAUGAGACUAUAUUUCCAGGCCGAGGAUGGUAGCAUUCAAGAAUACGACAGGGCCGGCUCGGGUCCCUGGACAAAGGGUGUUUUCUUCAAUUUUGAUGCAAGUUCCACGCAUACACACGAGAAACCGCAUGCUGGAACAUCCCUCUCGUUCAUCAAUCUUUCUCUAGAAGAGCCAAAUAUUCGAGGGUUUUGGCAAGCCGAAGCGUCAAACGCUAUUGUGGAGGGUUCCAGUCAAGGUUUAGACUGGAGUAUUAGAGGUCGUACCGUCGAGGUUUUCCCAUCACAUGUCCCUAUAGCUGCUGCUUGGGAGGGGAAGAGACCCAAUACCAACACUGCGUUCUAUCACGUCACAAACGGUGAUAUUUACAAAACUGUCAUCGGGGACAGUCCACAGAAAAUCAAUACCACCCCGACCGACCAAGGCUCCAGAAUUGCGGUCACCGUUGCACCUUCUGAUGGUGGUGUUCACAUUAUUACAUCUGGGAACCAGCACAUUAUACGGAGAGUGUUCCCAAAAAACGGGAGAGCAUGGAGGGACCCUAUACGGAUAACAUUGGAGUCAUCUUCACCACUCGCAAACUAG